AUGUCCCAGUACGACUAUGACAAAUCCACCGCGUUCUUGGGCGAGUGGGAGUCGUACCAGUGGCGCGUGCUCCUCCUCCUGUCCCUGACCAUAGUGCCCAGCGGCUUCACCGGACUCUCCAUCGUGUUCCUCGGGGACACACCGGCGCACCGCUGCCACAUCCCCGCCGCAGCGAACCUGAGCGCGGCCUGGGUCAACAUCAGCAUCCCCCCGGAGCCGGAGCGGACCGGGGAGUCCGGAGCCGCGGAGCCGAGUCAGUGCGCGCGGUACAAGCUCCGCGCGCUGCGGGAGUUUAUGGAGCGAGGCCUCGAGCCCGGGGACGUGAACGUGUCCGGUCUGGAGACGGAGCCGUGUUUGGACGGGUGGGACUACGACACCAGCGUGUACACCUCCACCAUCAUCACAGAGUGGGACCUGGUUUGUGACGACAGCUGGAAAAACCCUCUGACCUCCUCCAUUAACUUCUGUGGAGUCCUGGCGGGAUCCUUUGUUUCAGGACAACUCUCUGACCGGUUUGGGAGGAAGGUGGUGCUGUUCGCGUCGCUCGCUCUCUCAAACGUGAUUUCGUUCCUUCAGAUUUUCUCUCCGUCGUGGCCCGUGUUCUGUGCUUUCUACUUUGUGAUUGGCAUGGGCCGGAUCUCCUCCUAUGUGACGGCGUUUGUGCUCGGUAUGGAGGUGUUGAGUCCGCGCGUGCGUACGGCGUUCUCCACGGCGGGCGUCUGCUUGUUCUUCGCGGCUGGAUACAUGCUGCUGCCGCUGUUCGCGUUCUUCCUCAGAGACUGGAAGAACCUGCUCUUGGGGCUGACCCUCCCCAGCCUCGCCCUGGUGCCGCUCUGGUGGUACGUCCCGGAGUCUCCUCGCUGGCUACUGUCCCAAGGGAGAAUCCAAGAGGCCGAAGUCUUAAUACAGAAAGCAGCAAAAAUAAACAAAAUGGACGCCCCACAGAUCAUCUUCAAAUCUCUACAGGUCGCGCCUCCGUCAGAGAAGAAGAAAACGUCCUAUAACAUCUGUGCCCUGCUGCGCUGGGGCUCCCUCCGCUGGAUGUCUCUCACACUCUGGAUCAUCUGGAACAGCGUGACCAUCGCAUACUAUGGCCUUUCUCUGAACACGUCGAAUCUCCAUGGCGACGUGUACUUUAACUGCUUCCUGUCCGCGCUGGUGGAGGUCCCCGCCUACGUCCUGUCUUGGGUCAUGUUUCACUGGUGUCCCCGGCGUCUCUGUCUCUCCUCGUCUCUGGUUCUGUGCGGAGGCUUUCUGCUCCUCAUUCCCUUCAUACCUCAAAACCUCACGUCCUUCGCCGUCGCUCUGGAGAUGUUGGGGAAGUUUGGGGUGACCACGGCGUUCACCAUCAUCUACGCCUUCACCGCCGAGCUGUACCCCACCGUCCUGAGGAACACCGCCCUCGCCACCUGCUCCAUGGCGGCGCGACUCGGCAGCAUCAUCGCCCCGUACUUCAUUUAUUUAGGGAGGUUCUGGGUGUCAUUGCCGUACGUCCUGAUGGGGGCGCUCACCGUUCUGACCGGAGCCCUGAGUCUGCUGCUGCCCGAGAGCCGCGGACUCCCCCUCCCCGAGACUGUGGGUCAAAUGCAGCCUUUCCCCGGCUGCUGUGUGAUGAAGACUCCUUCAGGCGUCACAGAUGAAGAUGAAUCGAUAGGAGCUGUGUCUCCAGUUUCCUAA